AUGCGUCGACAUCGCAGUGCUUCACCUGGUACUGCUCCAGGCGUGGUGACGACGGGAGCUCGAGGAGAAGUGUGGAGGGCCGUUGCUCUUCAGGCACAUUUGCUGGGCAAGGAUGCCCGCCCACAAGCUCGAAGUGCUUCUGCCCGGCGGCGGCAGGACACUCCUCAGUUCGAAGCAGUGCACACCUCCAGGAGUGCGCCUUGUCCGGGACCUCGACAAGCGGUUUUGGAUUACGAUGAGAAGCUGAAACGGCACGAGGCCUCGCUGACGUUGGCGCAGCGCUUGGGCUUGGUGGCAAAGCCCGCGCAGCCGCUGACACACGAGCAGUGGGAGCAGGUGAAACAUGCCUCAGACUCCCGGCAAGACAGCGAAGUCCCCUGCAGCAUCUGCCUUGAAGACUUUCGGACGAGGCCGCAAGUGAUUCUCAGUUGCAGCCACGUCUUCCAUGGAGAGUGCCUGCGCAGCUUUGAGCGUUUCUCGGGCAAACGGUACUGUCCACUGUGUCGAUGUCCAUAUUUCGACGCGACAAUUCAUUACUCUGGGCUCAUGGUUUGGCGAAAGAAGUGUGCCAGCAGGAUUCAGCGCGCGUGGCGUGGCUACCGCAGCCGCGGGGAGUUGUUCUUGCAGCUUCGGCAAGUUCGCACCGAAGCCCCAACCUUGCACCGGCGCUUCUGCGGGAAGGCCCUGAAGGCGCUGGGAGGCAAGCUGGAGAAGGUUUGCGAGGCACAUGAAGAUGCCCUCGAUCGAUUCCUCCAGGAGCUCGAUGGCAGUGUCGCAACCUCUUCUGCGCAGAUCCGUGAUGGCUUGCGUGACUUUGAGCAGCUUCACCUAGGGCCUGGCCAAAGUGUAGGCCCGCUGGUUGAAGAUGCGGCACAGGAAACAACACAGGAUGUAGCCUCGUCGAGCUCUGAUGCCCAAACAGAAGGGAGGCAGCGCUGGGCCGCAGCGCGCCAGUCUGCGCUGAGCCGAGGAGAAGAGGUGGAUUGCCCCAUCUGCUUCCAAGCGUGUGAUUUGGUUGGCCGCGGAAGUGACCGGGUGGAGUUGCUUUCUUGCUCUCAUGUCUUUCACCGCUGCUGCCUGAUGUCCUUCGAAUCAUUCCAUGUCUUUGAGGUUCACCUCUGCCCAGUCUGCCGGCAGUCUUACGAGCGCCGGCCGUGGAAUCACCAGGAGGGUGAAAGGCCGCCACGGCCACCGGGCCCACGGCAGCGUCCUGGUGCCGCAAAGCUCACGCAAGAUCCCCCGCGCGGAAGUCGUCCGUUGCCGCGACGUGGUGCCUCUGAUUCCAGGCUUCCUGACUACAGAGUUCUCCGCGCAGCCAGAUGA